UGCUGCUGGGUGGGGGCGUAUGCAACAAUAAUAAUAAAAAGGAAUCAAUUGUUCAGGGUUCAUUAAAAAAGGCAACUAAAAGAGGGUCUCGUUGUCAGACCUGAACAAAACCACGCGGAUUAAUUACUUCUUUAUCACAGCAAACCACAAGAUAUCCUCUUUAAACUGGAGGGUAAAGUCCGUGAAUUGACUUGACUCCUUUAGAUUAAGAUUUCGGUAAUCUUGAAAGAUGGCACGGGCGAUACCACCGCAACCCAAGUUCCUGGACCGAAUUGACAAUGGGCCAAACAAUUCCAACUCGUUUGUGGUAACCGCUGGCGGCAAUCCCUUCGAGGCCGAAGAAGAGGAGGAAAACGAAAUAUUUAGCAAACACAAAAUGGUACUGAGGUUUCCACCGAAUUGUAGCGGAGAUUUGAUGCACUUGAUGGUAUCAAAGAAUUGGUUAAUUUGUAUAAUUGGCACACCAGACCGGAUGACUCUGCUGCGUUUCUUUCUGCCACGAGCCAUACCUCCAGGAGAAUUGGCCAUGGAGAAAUAUGUAACAGGUUCCGGCUAUAAGAUCCAUAAGGUCUUUCUAGACCCCACAGGUCACCAUGUGAUCAUUUCACUUUUACCGCGUUCCUCAUCGGCUGGUGUAUCAGCCGAUUUCCUUUAUAUACAAUGCAGCGAAACGCCGCAAGCUCAGCAACUAAAAUUGCGUCGCAUAGAGAAAUUUAAAGAUCAUGAGAUUACGGCGGUGGCCUUUAAUACAUACCAGGGCACAGACACCAGCACAGGAUGCAUACUGCUGGGCACUAGCCGAGGACUAAUCUUUGAGACUGAAUUGGGAGCUGGUAGCACUGAUGGUCAUGCCCAGAGGCGGCAGCUGUAUGAUUUGGGCUUGGGCCGACAGAAAUAUCCCAUAACGGGAUUGGAGCUCUUGCGUGUACCGAAUAGCCAGCGUUAUGUGGUGGUGGCCACCACACCCGAUUGCAUUUACACAUUCCAAGAGACUCUCAAAAUAAACCAGGAGGAGUUCCAGCAGCAGCGUUCACUGCAGGCAAUUUUUGCCACCUAUGUGACUGGCGCCCAAGAGCCCCAGAGUGAGGAGAGGAAAACAGAUUUAACCCAUUCCCAGCUGCGUUUCUUUGCCCCGCCUAAUAGUAAAUAUCCGAAGCAAUGGGCAUGGCUAUGUGGAGCAGGCAUACGAACAGGAGAGCUAAGUAUUGAUCCAACAAGUGUGACCAGUUUAUUGGGCGACACUUUGAUCGACCUGGACUUUGAGUCCGGCAAACAUCUGUCCUAUGAGGAGCGUCGUCUUAUUGUGCCCAAAUCAUUUGUCCUUACUGAAUACCAUGCCCUGCUCUUGUAUCCAGACCACCUUAAAGCCAUUUGCCUCCUUAAUCAGGCGGUAGUCUAUCAGGAACCCUUGAAUGAGGCUCGAGUUGGUCGCGCCUUAAGCAUGGAACGGGAUCCGGUGACAGGUUCUAUCUAUAUCUACACAGAUAAAUCGGUAUUUACCAUACGCAUCGCCCGAGAGGAGCGUAAUAUUUGGCGAAUUUAUUUAGAGCGAGGUCAAUAUGAAUUGGCCAAGGCUCAUGCCGCCGCAGUGCCCGAGCAUCUGCAACUGGUGUUAUCUGAGCAUGCUGAUGCGGCUUUCAGAGAAGGAUCCUACGAAAUAGCUGCCAAUUACUAUGCUGAAACGGAUAAGACCUUCGAGGAGGUGUGCCUAAAGUUUAUGAUCCUGCCCGACAAACGGCCAAUUAUCAAUUAUGUGAAAAAGCGUCUGAGCCGUCUAACCACAGCUCCAAAUCCAAAAGAAACGAACGCAGAUAUGAAUGCUGCCAUUAAAGCUCUGGUUGUUUGGCUUAUUGAUCUGUAUCUGAUACAAAUCAACUUACCUGAUCAGACUGAAACUUGGCGAUCGACUUGGCAGCAGGAAUAUAGUGAAUUCAUGAGGGAUCCUGCCGUACUGGCCUGUUCCAUGCAGCAUCGUGUUGAAGUCCAGCAGCUCAUUGCCCAGCAUGCCGAUCCCCACAACUUGGCCCAAUUCGCCAUUGCCAUUGGUGAUUACGACGAGGUGAUUGGCCAGCAAUUAAAGGCUGAACGCUUUGUUGAAGCCCUGCAAACAUUAAGCAAGCAGGGAGACCUUAAUCUCUACUACAAAUAUGCGCCGAAACUUAUGGAGCAACUGCCUGAGCAGACUGUUGAUGCUUUAAUAGCUCUGGGCCACAAGUUGGAGGUGGAAAAGCUGGUGCCCACACUGAUUGUGAUGGAGACUAAGGAGCAGCGAAAACAGACAAUGCGAUAUCUAGAGUUUGCUAUUUACAACCUGAACACCACCAAUGAUGCAAUUCACAAUUUUCUAGUACAUCUGUAUGCCCAACAUAAGCCCGAAUCGUUAAUGAAAUAUCUUGAGAUUCAGGGACGAGAUGAGACUUUAGUGCAUUAUGAUAUACACUACGCUCUAAAAGUGUGCACCGAUCUGGAUGUACAGGUGGCCUGCGUAUUUCUCCAAUGCAUGCUGCGCAUGUGGACAUCGGCUGUGGACUUGGCUCUGAAAUUUAAUAUGAAUUUGGCCAAGGAAACGGCAUCAAAGCCUCUGGAUAGUGCAACGCGACGUAAAUUAUGGUUACGUAUUGCGUACCAUGACAUCAAGGGUACCAACGAUGUAAAGAAGGCAUUGAAUCUCCUAAAGGAAUGCAAGUUGUUAAGAAUUGAGGAUCUCUUGCCAUUCUUUUCGGAUUUCGAGAAAAUCGACAACUUUAAAGAAGCCAUAUGUGAUGCUCUUAAGGACUAUAAUCAACGCAUUCAAGAGCUGCAACGUGAAAUGGAUGAAUCACGUGAGCAAUCAGAGCGCGUGUGCAAGGAAUUGCAACAAUUGCGCGGUCAUAGUAUAUCCCUGAACGGCCAGGACACUUGCACCAUUUGUGAGAUGAUGCUACUAAUCAAGCCCUUCUUUGUUUUCAUCUGUGGCCAUAAGUUUCACAGCGAUUGCUUGGAAAAGCAACUGAUACCAAUGCUAAGCAAGGAACAAAGUCGACGUCUAGCCACACUUAAGCAACAAAUGGAGACCUUGAUGACAGGCAACAGUACCAAUCUAAAAGGACAACAGGUGGCCCCGCUGAUACCCAGUGGCGAGCAAAAAAAGCGAGGAGAGCUUAAGUCGGAAAUCGAAGAGAUUUUGGCUGGCGAUUGUCUUUGUUGUGGCAUUCUCAUUGACACAAUCGAUCAACCUUUUGUGGACGACUGGGAGCAGGUUAAUGUCGAAUGGGAAUAGUUUCUUUUUGUUGUUUUUUUUUUCUUUUCUUUUUAACAUUGAAAUAAUGCAAUUGUAUACAUAUAUAAGAAAUAACCGUAUUUAUUUUUACAAUUAAUAAAACUAUGCAGAAUUACAAUAGCUAAUCCCAAUCAUAGCUAUGCCUAGUA